AUGUCGAAAUAUAGAUUUCAACGUUAUUUAACAUAUUUUAUUAUACCUCAAACUUAUCGAAUUAAAUCAUUUCGACUAUCGAAUCCAUUUGCUGCCGAUAUGUGUUUGUUAUUAUUUCCAAUAAUGACAAACUUAACUCGACUUGAAUCAUUAACUAUACAUAAUAUUGAAUCUGAUUACGUUGAAGGAAUUAUAAAUCAUUUAUCUUUAUUACCUAGUUUAUCUUCACUAGUCAUAAUAUCCAUUGAUUAUAUAAGAAAUCAAAAUGAUAUUUACCAGAAAAUAUUUCGUUUACCGACACUGAAAUAUUGUCAAAUUCUUUUGGAAUCAUUAUGCCAUCGAAAACCAAUGUCUACUGAUACAAAUGAAUUCAGUCCUAUUGAACAUCUUGUCAUCAAUAAUAAGGUUUCACUUAACCAACUUUAUAGUUUAUUAUCUCGUGUUCCUCAACUACAACAUUUAUCAUUGGAUCAUUUAUGUGUACCUCGAUGGAGUCAAACAUCUUUGAAUUCGAUUACUUUACAUUAUUUAACACAUGUGUCGCUGAAAUUGUAUUCUGUCAGUUUUGAUAAUUUUGUAUCACUCAUCAAACAUUUUUUUAAUAAAAUUCAAAUUUUACGUAUUAAAGUAGGCUAUAUGCCAUAUUUCAGUUCUAAUUUGGAAUAUUUAAAUGCUAAUCGUUGGGAACAAUUAAUUUCAACUCACAUGCCAAAUCUAUAUAUCUUUGACUUCGAACAUCAAUAUCGAACAUGGGGUUACUUUAAUGAUCGACAAACCUAUGAGGCUCAGAUCAAUAUGUUCAAUUCAUUAUUUUGGAUAAAACGACAAUGGUUCUUUGAACAUCAAUAUUGUCAAAUUAGAAAUUCGACUUAUGCUAUUUUCUACUCGACAAAUUCAUAUAAGAAAGAAUUUUAUAUUUUGGAUGAAGAUUUGGACAAAAACAUAGGAUCACCUAGUCUUGAAAUUGAAGAAAAUCCAGCUUAUCAUGUUGGUAUUUAUAGUAUAAAUGCAAUGGAAAAAUUCAUCGGUAACUUUCGAAAUGCUACUAAACUUACUCUUUUCGAUACAUUUGAUAAACCUCGUAAUUCAAUUGUAAGAAGUCUUAAUCGUAUCAUGCCUUUGAAACAACUGUCUACACUAUCUAUUGAUUGUCAUCAUUUUCCUUUUGAUCAAAUAGACGAACUUCUUUAUUCAACGCCGAAUGUUCAUACACUGAAGCUUCAUUCAAUAUUACUUUAUCGAAUAGAUUCUGUUUCAAUGCAACAGAAGCAAAUAUUUCAACUAGUGUCCAUUACAAAUAUUGUUAAAAAUGUGAUAAUUGCAAAAGAAAGUACAGUGGAAAAAAUUCAAUUACUUGUUGCUCUUUUUCCUCGUUUAGAAUAUCUUACAAUUAAUUUAUACCGUGAUGAUUUGGAAACAAUAGCAAGAUUUUUAUUAUCAAAACUUAAUAAUAACACUCGUCAUUUAUCAUUAUUAUGUAUUUCAAAACAACGUAAAGAUUUCUUAGCAAAAUUGAGAACAUUGAUUGAAGUAGAAAAACUUCUUGAUGACUUUAUAAUAAGAAUUAUCAAUCGAAAACUCUAUUUAUGGUGGUAG